AAUGCUAGUGUAGGCGCAACCAAGAUUGAGAGAGUAGAGCGGGCUCCCUUGCCAAGGCGAGGCCUCCUUCUACUCCCAAGGCAGGGUCCGAGGGCGGCCUGCUGCUGCUUCUCUUCCGCUUCUUCCCCCGGAGGAGCCCGCCCAGGCCGCGCCUUCGGAAAGGGCGCCGGAGCUAUGAGUGGCGCCGCGUUGUUGCUGGGCCUCCGAAGACAUGCUGCUACUCGGCGGCUCUUGGCGGCGGGAAGCGGCGGCGGCGGCCUUCGGUGCGGCCUCAGCCGUGGCCGGAGCACCGACGCCUGCGCCCCCGGGCCCAGCCCUGUGCGAAUUGGCUGCGCCUCGGGCUUCUGGGGAGACACGGCCGCCUCAGUUCCUCAAUUGCUAUAUGGAGGGAAGCUGGAUUUCUUGGUUUUUGAUUACCUUUCUGAAAUCACAAUGUCUUUACUAGCUACUGCCAAAGCAAGAGCUCCAGACUUGGGGUACACACCUGAUUUUGUAUUGACCGCAGUGGCUCCUUAUAUAAAGGAUAUACACAGAAAAGGUGUUCGCAUUGUCAGCAAUGCAGGUGGGAUGAAUCCACUUGCAUGUGCUGCUGCGCUCGGACAGGUGGCAGAAAAGGCUGGUGUGGACUUGAAGAUAGCUGUGGUUACUGGGGAUGAUUUGAUGGGGGAGUUAAAUAACAUUAAGAAAGCUGUCUACAAAGGAGAGAACGGGAUGCCAUUUCCAGAAAAUAUCCAAAGCAUGAAUGUAUAUCUUGGUGCAAGACCAAUAAGUCGAGCUCUUGACCUGGGAGCAGAUGUUGUAGUGACUGGAAGAUGCGUUGACAGUAGCCUUGUAUUGGGACCACUCAUGCAUUCUUUUGGCUGGAACAGAGAUGAGUUCAACCUCCUCGCAUCUGGCAGUCUUGCAGGCCAUCUGAUUGAAUGUGGUGCUCAGUGUACAGGAGGAAUAUUCACUGACUGGCAUGCUAUACCAGACUGGCAUAACAUCGGUUUCCCCAUAGUAGAAUGUUCUGCUGAUGGAAGUUUUAUUGUAUCAAAACCACCCAACACAGGAGGCCUGGUAUCUUUUGGCACAGUGGCGGAACAGUUGGUGUAUGAAAUUGGCAACCCUAAGGAAUAUAUCUUACCAGAUGUCACGUGUGAUUUCUCACAUGUUUCCAUUACCGAAAUCCCAGGUGUUGAAGGUGGUGCAGUGAAGGUUCAGGGAGCUAAAGGAUUGCCUCCUUCAUCCUGUUACAAGGUGAAUGCCACAUAUCUUGAUGGAUUCAGAGCUACAGCUUGCUGUCCGGUGGGAGGCCCCAAAGCAACAGAAAAGGGCAGAAGAACUGCUAAAAGUAUUUUAGAAAGGACUCGCAUUAUGUUUGAUAAACUGGGAUAUGGGGAUUACAGUGCUGUUAACCUACAGAUUUUAGGUUCUGAGGAAACAUAUGGACCACAUGCCAAACAGAACAUAGAUGGGGGCCCUCGGGAAGCUGUUGUUUGGCUUGCUGUACUUCAUAAGGAAAAAAAAGCAGUGGAAAUCUUUUCUAGAGAAAUUGCCCCGGCUGGAACUGGAAUGGCACCUGGUCUCACUGGAAUUGUUGGAGGGCGUCCAAAAGUUUCUCCAGUUCUGAAACCAUUUUUUUUCCUUUAUCCCAAAAAGAAUAUCAAGAUUGACAUAUUUAUGAAUGGACAUCAUGUUGAAACAUUUGAAGAAGAUCUUUCAUUCACUUCAGAUGCACCCAUUUCACCUGAGGAGCAAAAGAUUCAAGAAGAUAUGAAAGAUUUACCAAGUGGUCCACAUGCAUAUCGCCUUGAAGAGCUUGCCUAUACCAGGAGUGGCGACAAGGGCAACUCAGCAAACAUAGGUGUCAUAGCCCGGCAUCCCCUCUACUAUCCAUACCUCAAGAAAAUUUUAACUGCUCGGGCAAUAGAGGAUUAUUUCCAUCAUCUUUUAGAGAAAGAAAAGUCUGGGCAGAGCUUGGUCACAAGAUAUGAACUGCCUGGAAUAUAUGGACUGAAUUUUGUACUAAAAAACUCGCUUGGUGGCGGUGGCACAGCAUCACUGAGAAGUGAUCCACAGGGCAAGGCAUUUGGGCAGAUGUUGCUGGACUUUAACAUAAAAAAUGUUCCUGAUCUAAAGUCUUUGAUAGAAUAAGAUAAUUAUCAGCUUUCUGUUUUUAAAACUACGUUAAAUAAAAAUCAAGUAGAAAUAAAUUAUCAAGUAAAAAAUCAAGAAACUCCUAAAUGUGGUAGCACUUAACUAAUUCCCAAAGCAGAGAUAAUGAAAUGUUAUGAGUAAUUCCAGAUUUGUUGCUUUGCAAGGGACUGGUAUUUCCCAUCUACUGCUUUGAAUAAAGAGCCUAUAUUCUAAUGGUUACAAUUAAGCAAUAAAUCUAUAUUUUUCUGAGAAAUAACCAUAGUUCCAAAUAAAAGGUGCCUGUUUUUCCCAAUGGUUUCUGUAAAUAGAAGUAACACUAACAAUACUGUUUAUAGAAUUUCCCUCCAGUAAAAAUCAUUGUCUGUUAAUAGGUGCGAUCCUUUGGAAUUGAAGUGUUGUUACUGCUACUAUUCAGUAUUCUUGUUAACCAUCUUCACGUCAGUAUUGGUUUAUAUUAAUUCAGAAAUAGUUUACCAUUAUUUUCAUUCUGGGCUGAGAAGGUUUGACUUGGUAAUAGCUCAGUGGAGAUUUGAACUCUGGUCACCUGGAGUCCUACUCCCAACUCUCAAAUUACUAUGUCUCACUGGAUCACUUCUGUUAGUAGCAUCUCUAAAAACACUAGUUACUCGUAACAAAUGAACACUCAGUUAGACAUAGCUAUGUUUCUUGUUGAGUUUCCCUCCACUGGUUUUGUAAUUGCUUUCAAUCUGCAGCUAGUUGAGUAUAAUGUAGUAUUUAUUUGGUGACAAUUGUUACCAUACAAUUACAACACUAACCAAUGCACAUUUGGGUGCUUCAAAUGUUAGACCUGUUUUUGGGUAUAUUUGACUUGCUGAUUCCAAAAAUGGCACCAGUUUCCCCCUAUCAGCUUAGUUUUUGAGAUACAGAACAUAUGCCACCUACCAGUCUUCAUCUGCUCACCCAUAGAAAACCAUGAUAACCAGAUCUAAGAAACUAGUGCUGAUACGGUCCAUCCAGUGCAAUUUUCUAAAUCAGCGCCUCAAAUAAACCCAGGAACAGGCCUAAAAAUCAAGACACCAAGAAAAAAAAUUAUAAUGGAUAACUUGUAGUAGUCCCUUCACAUUCGCAGAUGUUAGGUGUGCAGUGUCCCUGCAAAGAUGGAAAAAACUUGAAAACAAAUAUAUUAUUGGGUUGCUGUGAAUUUUUGGGGCUGUAUAACCAUGUUCCUCUGAAGAUGCCAGUCGCAGAUGCAGACGAAACGUAAGGAGGGAAUGCUACUAGAACAUAGUCAUACAGCCCGAAAAACUCACAGUAACCCAGUGAUUCCAACCAUGAAAGCCUUCAAUAAAAUAUACAGUUUUUUUAAAAAAUCCAAGAUAACUAUUCUCUCAGCAUGUCUAGGUUCUCCGGUGCAUUUCUAUGGUCAAUGUCUAACCUAGAAGUCCCAAAGAGAACAUAUUUUUGGUCAUAUAUAGGGUAGAUAAGACUAACUUACUGGAGAUUCACUUGUAAUCUUGGAGCAUGUUUCCCAAGGGAAAAUGUACAGCAACCUACCAACCUAAAUAUACGUUAGAGCAUCUACUUCUCAGAAAAAAAGGCUUUAAUUGCAGUAUCAACUCUCUGUCCUUUAUCAGCAGAUGUGUUUUCUUUAGAGAUCCAGCUAGAAUUGGUUGAUAAAAUUUGAUCUGGUACAUAUAGUUCAUGUUGACUCUUUAAAUUGUUUAUUGUUAUGAUUUCUGCCGCAAUAUUAUUAACAUUUUUCUCUUUAAUCUUGUGUUUUAUAAAAAGAAUAGAGUAAAUUUCUCAAAUCCCUCAAAGCCAAAAUAAACUUUUAUUAUACCUUCCAAAGAAACACAAGAGAUGUACUCUAAUAUUUGAUUCCAGAAAGAGAAAACACUUCUGAUUCAGAACACAAACAAGAGCAAGGAGAUUCCUUCUUCCCCCUGAAUGUCACAAGUAAAGACAAGAUUUGUGCCCCACUUUUUGUUAUUGUGGAUUAUUAUAACUUGAUUUCAAACACAUAAUUGUUUUAUAAUUGGAUAAAGUGUAAUUAUUUUCCAGGUUAGACUGCUUUAUAAUAUUUCACACAUUUUUCAUUAGCCUGUAUCAUUUAAAGUCUUUUCUGACAGAAGUGGUUAGUCAGAUUGUGCUGUAAUACUUGCAUUGGAUGGAAAUUAAAUUAUUCAAAUGGCCCAUCAGUAUGCACAUGCUUUUAAUUAGCACUGAUCUGUAAUACAAAUCUCUUUGCUUUGGGGAUAGGUUUAAACUUGCCAUUUUGCUAUAAAUUUAAAGGGCUUUUUUCCCUUUUUGAAAAAUGAAAAUUCAAUAAAAUAUGCUAUGAGAUAGAUUAUAUAUAUGCAGCCAAUGAAAAAUCACUCUAGAUUAUGUGAGGAUAUUCUGUACUUUUGGAUACAAAGGGAUUUUCUAGCACUUUUGAAACAUAGCCCAGAAAACUCACAGCAACCCAACGUUUGAAACAAAGUAAUAAAUCAUUGUGGUAUCAGUCUGAUGAAACAAACUGGGUCUAAAUCUUUUAAUAGAUCUCAAAGAUGCCACAAGAUCGCUUUGUAUUCUAAUGAAGACUAGCAUGACUAUUUCUUUGAAUUAUGACCACAGUACUUUUUGUGUCAGUUUCACAAUACAAAAGAAAUAUUCCAACAGCCUUAUGUUGCUGAUCAAGUGAAGCAAAAAUGAUCAGACUAUAUAAGCAAUUUGAAGUACCAAUAUUUGCUUUUCCUAUUGACAUUGAAAUUACUUUCAGGUACAUGUGUAUGAGAUAAGGAAGGAUCCUUUCACACAUGAAUGUAAGCUUUACAUUAAGUGUUCGAGAUCCAAAGAACUAUUUUAGAUAAGCCUAAUCAGGUAAAGCAUUUCAUACUCUAUGGGAGAAAAAAGAACGUGUAUUUUAAAAAAGUUUUUGUGGGAAUUGUCAGGUACAAACAUAUACAAAAAUGUAGCUAUUAGGGAGAUUAGAUGUCUAGGAAUGCUUGUAAAACACUGUAAAGUUUUGCUAACACUGGCAUGAGCUAUUCCAGCUUCAUCCAAAACUUGCAUAUUAUACACAUCAUCUCUAAUUUUCCUACUUGUAAUCAAUAGCAAAGUUUGAAUGUAUUGCACAAUUUAUGUUCACUUGAAGCAUAUGUUUAGAUAAGUAAAGGCAAGAAAGACAGUAUUAAAGGCACAGUUUGUUAUGUACAAAAAAGUAGAGUAUAUCUGGGUACUGUUAUUUCUUCAUUGUUUACAUGACUAUGUAUACUUUUAACAUAAAAUAAAUGUGAAAUUAUAUCAA